CUCUGUUAGGGCUGGGUUUCCUGCCACCCGUCUGAUUGAUAGCAUACCUUAUCCAAACGUGUUUGCACUUCCUCAGCAAUUGAAAGUCCUCUGAUUAACAAUGUACCUCAUGUACUACGAGGACGAGUCAGGAGAUCGCAUUUACACGCUCAAGAAGAUUGCCCCAGAUGGGAAUCCAACGAAAUCUGCUCACCCUGCACGCUUCUCACCGGAUGAUAAGUUCUCCCGGGAACGAGUUACUUGCAAGAAGCGCUUUGGGCUGUUGCCUACGCAGCAGCCGCCUCCGGAGCUAUAAUUGAAAUGGAAUGCCAAUUAUGUAAUGCAGCAUCUCCAGCUGUAAACUAUGGAGACUAAGUGCUGCCGCAAGCAGUGCUGUAGCUAACGCGUUAAGUCUCCCGGCUGGGGAGUAUGCUCGCAAGAGUGAAACUCGCAAGGAAUUGACGGGGACCCGCACAAGAGGUGGAUUAUGUGGAUUAAUUCGAUGCAACGCGAAGAACCUUACCAGGGUUUGACAUGUCAAGAACUUCCCAGAAAUGGGAGGGUGCCCUAACGGGAGCUUGAACACAGGUGGUGCAUGGCUGUCGUCAGCUUGUGAAUGCAUUGGUGAUUGGUGGAUUCUGGCGUGGGCCCCUGGUAAGGUGGAAUAAGAUUUCAUAGGCGGGGCUGCCUUUACUUUUUGGCCAUCUCGCACAGCUUGUAUCCCACACGAUCAGGGUUGUAGAUACAUGGUCCUAUGUCCCUAGUCGAGGAGCAAGUGAAAUCCGAUGUUACGAGAAUGUUUUUACUUCUGAGCAUUGAAGCAUGAACUGGGGGGCUAGCCGUGGCGUAGCUGGUCGUUUGCGUGGGGCGUCGUGGUGCAUCGUGCAAUUGUUUCUGAAACCUUAUCCUUAGGGAUUUAAGACAGAUACUAUAUGGCAGCGCAGACAUUAAGUAGUCCAGACUUGAAGUGUCGUUCCGCGACAAAGUGACCGACCGCGUUGUACAUUGUGAAGGUGGUAAUUGUGGUAGUCGAUGAUAUGUGGCACGAAAGACCCUUACAUAUGGUAUCCACGCCUUCGUUGCUGCUGUUGUGCUGCUUCAAAAGGACGGUCAGGAAAAUACACAUGUACACUGUCAUGACGUACACUUCGCCAGCAUGUGCACGUCAUUUAUUAUAUUUGCGAGAACUGCAUGCACACGUCCAUGCAUCCGCUGGCCUCUUAGGAUGCCUUAACCAGCACACAGCUCGGCAAUCCCUGCUGCGUGGGGCUUCGGCCGGCGAACCCUCUGCAACACACAUGCCGCACACGUCCUGUAAUAUCUUUAGCUG